AUAGCAUUUAAAAAUGGCACAGUUUGGAUUCUGUUUACUGCUUCUGUUCUCUGGACUGAUUCAUCACAUCAAAAGCCAUAUUAAAAAGGAAGACAAAACUGGGGUAACGGAACGACCCAAUUUCAUCAUUAUCCUAGCCGAUGAUAUUGGAUUGGGUGACCUCUGUGUGUACAGGCCUGACAACUCCACACCAACACCCUGGCUGGACUCAUUAAUGCUGAAGGGCAAAAGAUUCACAGACUUCCACUCUCCUGCCUCCACAUGCUCACCAUCACGUGCUGCCCUCCUGACUGGCAGACAUGGGCUACGCAAUGGAGUCAAUUUUGCAGUGGGGUCAGUCGGAGGACUGCCACUCAAUGAGACAACGUUUGCUCAGCUCCUGCAUGAUGCAGGUUAUUACACAGCCAUUAUCGGAAAAUGGCACCUUGGACACAAUGGUUCCUACAAUCCUGUUCAUAGAGGUUUUGACUAUUACUUUGGUAUUCCUUAUAGUAACGACAUGGGCUGCACUGACAAACCAGGUCUCGACCUUCCCAGCUGUCCUCCUUGUGUCCGCAGUCAAUAUACUACAAGGAAGCAUGAAGAAUGCUACACUGAAGUGGCAUUACCUCUGUUUGAAAAUGAGACAAUAAUUGAACAGCCCUUGGACACAUGGAGCCUUAAAAACAGAUAUGCCUCAGCGGCAGUCAAGCAGAUAUUCACAGCCAGCAUUUCUAAGAAGCAGCCAUUCCUACUGUAUGUGGCUCUUGCUCACAUGCAUGUCCCACUGUUCCAUAACUCCUUCCUAAAUGUUACGACACAAGACCCUUACACAGCCAGCCUCAGUGACAUGGACUCUUUGGUGGGGACAAUCAUGCAGGUGGUCAGCACUGAGCAGCUGGAAAACACAUUAAUAUGGUUCACUGGUGACAAUGGCCCGUGGGAGCAGAAAUGCCAAUUUGCUGGGCAUGUUGGGCCUUUUGUUGGAAAGUGGCAGGCAAGCAGAGGUGGUGGCUCAGCCAAGAAAACCACAUGGGAAGGAGGUCAUAGAGUUCCCACAGUGGUCGCAUGGCCUAAGAAGAUCAAACCCAACAGCACCAGCAGCGCCCUGCUGAGUGGUCUGGACAUCUUUCCAACUAUCCUCUCCCUGGCUGGUGUAAAACCACCAUCAGAUCAACGCUAUGACGGCAUUGAUAUAACCAACAUUCUGCUCAACGACUCUGACACAGGGCAUAAGAGUCUCAUGCAUCCAAACAGCGGUGCUGCAGGACAAUUUGGCGACCUUCGAACCGUCAGGCUGAAACAUCACAAGGCAUUUUACAUCACAGGUGGAUCAGUGACAUGCGGUGGAGGAAGUGGACAACAGCAGUAUCACGACCCCCCUCUGAUAUGUGACCUCUCACAGGACGAGGCAGAGGAGACCCCUCUGAACCCUGAGAGUGAUGAGUACAGAUCUGUCUUGAAGGAAGUGGAGAGAGAGAGGGAGGCUCUGCUAUGGGACAUCGCCACAGAUAAGAUAUCAUUGGCCGACUACACCGUGAUUCCGGCUGCAGUCCCCUGCUGCCAGCCACACAACCCCGCCUGCCGAUGUCACAGUUUAAAAUGAGGUCAGUCGGGCUCAGCCUUGAACUCAGCACUGUUUGUCAACGGGUUAGAUCACAUCAACAUAUUGAAAGCACUGUUUUUUUCCUACACUGGGAAGAGCAUAGUUCAAAUAUUGAACUCAGUGUCCCAGAAAACCACACUAGAUUACUAAGAAGAUAUGUUGUUGAUGUGAAAUGCUACAGCUGUGUAACAGGAAACUAGAUUCCAAGAUGUUGCAGUACAUUUCAAUUCUGCUUUUUCAUUAUGAGCUAGACCAGGCCAGUUGCAUAAACAUAGCUGCUAU